AUGGCAUCAGCUUAUAGCUGGGGCCACCUGGCCUUGGCCUUUGUCGCUGUAGUAGUUGCUCGCGCCUUCUUCCGGCGAUACUGGGCACCGAUCAAAGAUAUUCCGGGUCCUUUCUUGGCUUCUUUUUCAAAUCUUUGGCUGGUAUUGCAGAUUCUGAAAGGACAUACCGAGGCCGAAACAAUUAAAUUACACAAGAAGCAUGGUCAUUUUGUUCGCAUCGCGACAAAUGAAGUCAGCGUUUCACAUCCAGAUGCUAUUCGACAACUUCUUCAUGCUCCAAUUGCCAAGGGCCCAUGGUAUGAGAUCAUCAGUUUUCCAGAUUAUCUCCAUGUAAAUCAGAUGUCAGAGUUGGAUCCCCAACGACACAUUCAAAAACAACGGAAUGUUGCCUCGGGAUACGCUCUGUCCAACAUCAUUCAACACGAGGCACACUUUGACACAGUCCUUCAGCUCCUGACCUCCCGUCUGGACAACUAUUGCAAGUCGGAACAGCAAGUUGAACUAGACCAGUGGCUUAUGUUUCUCGCAUAUGACUCCGCGGGCGAAGUCAUUUUCUCCAAAUCAUUUGGGUUUCUGGAACAAGGUAAAGACGUUGGAGAUGCUAUCCUAAACACAAGAAGAUUGGCUCCAUAUGUGGCUAUCAUGGGCUACUAUGUCUGGUUUCAUAACCUGACACUAGGGAACCCACUUCUCAGUCGACUGGGCAUUCAGCCGACAUCUCAUAUAUUCGACACUUGCAAUGCCGCAAUAGAGGCACGUCAGAAAAAUCCUGCAAAGCGAAUUGAUAUGAUGCAGAAGUGGCUUGACACGCGGGCCCAGUAUCCGGAUCGCAUGGAAGAAAUCGAGAUUUUUACCGCUGCUGUCUCGACUCUUGCGGCUGGCGGAGAUACUGUUGGAACAACGAUGCAGGCGCUAUUCUAUUACUUGAUUCGAAAUCCUCAAUACUUGAAUCGAUUACGAAGCGAACUCGAUGCUGCCCAGUCUCGCGGGGAGCUUUCGCCUAUUGUUCAAUAUGCCGAGACUCAGCAGUUACCCUUUCUUCAAGCUUGUAUAAAAGAAACAUAUCGAUUCCAUUCCGCUAUUGGUGUGGGGUACCCGCGAGUCGCUCCUUCGGGUGGAAUCACGAUUGGUGAUAUGUUCUUUGCUGAAGGGACCAUCCUAAGCGUAAAUCCAUGGGUCUUCCACCGCAACCCGGAACUUUUCGGCGAGGACUGUGAAAGCUUUAAUCCAGACCGCUGGUAUAAAAAAGAUACCACGGAAAUGAGCACCUUUAUGAUCCAUUGGGGCGCCGGAUAUAACGCAUGCCCUGGACGAAACUUCGCUCAUUUCGAAAUAUCAAAGGUUGCGGCAACUUUGUUCCGGGAUUAUGAUAUUGAGCAAGUAGACCCCAAGCAAGAGUGGAAGUGGUCCAAUCAUUACCUUUGCGUGCCAUAUGAUUGGCCUUGCAAAAUUCGGCACCGGUCAAGGACGUGA